AUUUAAUUUAUCUAACACAAAUCCAAAUGGUACUUUCACUAGUAGAAGAGAUUUUUGAGAGAAAGCUAAAACCCUCUUUCCCCCAAAGAAAAAGAAAAAAAUUGCCCAAACAAAUUUAACCCAAACCCUAGAGAGAAUUUUUAACCUUUCUUAUCCCAAGGUUUUCUGAGCUGUAACUUUUUCCUCGGUCAUGGAAAUUUCAACCUUACCGGAGAAUUCGAGCGCCGUCACCGGCAACAGAGGGGACGAGAGCGGUGGGUUUAGAGAAGAGGAGAGGGUAGAAAGUGAAGAGGGUGACCGUUACUUAAUCGGUAGCCGGUGGCCACAGCAAGAAACUAUGGCUUUGUUGAAGAUAAGGUCUGAUAUGGACGCUGCAUUCAGAGAGGCCGGACUCAAGGCUCCUCUUUGGGAUGAGGUUUCCAGAUUAUUAAGUGAGCUUGGAUAUAAUCGAAGUGCCAAGAAAUGCAAGGAGAAGUUUGAGAAUAUCUACAAAUACUAUAGAAGAACAAAAGAAGGUAGAUCUAGCAAGUCAAAUGGCAAGACAUAUAGGUUUUUCGAGCAAUUAGAAGCUCUGGACAACAGCAACGGCAACAACCACGUAUUAUUGUCAUCUCCAUCCCCGGAUAAAGUUCACUCUUCCAUGGCCGCAACCCCAGUAAAUCCAGUAAAUGUUAAUAUAGGUGCUCUUCCGAGUUCUUUCCAGAGUCCUAGUGCUUUUGUUGAUAGCCAUUGUACUUCGACAACGUCUACUUCAAGUGAAGAAUCAGAAGGAACAAGAAAGAAAAAAAGGAGAUUGACACAGUUUUUUGAGAGGUUGAUGAAAAAAGUGAUUGAGAAGCAAGAGAACUUGCAAAGGAAGUUUCUAGAUGCAAUAGAGAAGUGUGAACAAGAUAGAAUGGCAAGAGAGGAAGCUUGGAAGAUGCAAGAAUUGGAUAGGAUUAAGAGAGAACGUGAGCUGUUAAUGCAGGAAAGAUCAAUAGCAGCUGCAAAAGAUGCAGCUGUUCUUUCUUUCUUGCAGAAGUUCUCAGAGCAAACUAGCUCAGUGCAGUUGUCUGAGAAUCAAACAAUUCCAGUGCAAUUAUCCGAGAACCAAAUAUCGCCUGUGGAGAUAGUAGUGAAGGCACAAGAAAAUAAUAGUCCUCAGAAUUUUGUUCAUAUGAGCUCGUCAAGAUGGCCUAAAGAAGAAAUUGAAGCUUUGAUUAGGCUAAGGACUAACCUUGAUAUGCAAUAUCAAGAAAAUGGGCCGAAAGGACCUUUGUGGGAGGAGGUAUCAGCAGCAAUGAAAAAGCUUGGCUAUAAUAGGAAUGCCAAGAGGUGCAAAGAGAAGUGGGAGAAUAUGAACAAGUAUUUCAAGAGGGUAAGAGAGAACAACAAAAGAAGGGCUGAUGAUUCUAAGACUUGCCCUUAUUUUCACCAGCUUGAUGCACUAUAUAAAGUGAAGACCAGGAAGGUUGAUAAUUCAGUUAACUGUGGUCAGGAGAUGAAGCCCGAAGAACUUCUAAUGCAUAUGAUGGGUAGCCAAGAGGAACGGCAACAGCAGGAAUCAGCAACAACAGAGGAUGGAGAAAGCGAAAAUGUUGAUCAGAACCAAGAAGGUGAUAGAGAAAAUGACGACGAAGAUGGUUAUCGAAUUGUUGCUAAUGAUCCUUCUGCAGUAGCCAUAAUGGAGUGAUUAGACAAGAGUAGAAAACUGGCUAUUUUGAAGGGCUGCAAGAAGCAGGUCAGAUUCAUUGCAUAGACUGUUAAUGAUUUUGAAAGCAUAUUCAAGUUGAAAAGCUUAUCAUGAACUUAAGAAGAAGGCAUCUCAUGGAACAUGGUAUCUAUGUAUAUUUAUUUUGUAAUUUUUUUGUUGAAUAAUGUAUCACAAAGUUAGAGAGAGAGAGAGAGAAUUAGAAUAAGCAGGUUGAUGUGUAGCAUAUAAUAAAGUUGCUCUUUUGUCGCA